CUGGUCCAAUCAACAGCCGCAGUUGGACCCUUCCGUACAUCCACAGCUUCAUUUAACGAACACAUAGCGGAACAAGGUAAACCCGGUGACAUCAGUGUACUCCAGGAUCUGUCGGCCACUCCUUCCCCAGAUGUAGAGGGAGUUGCCAUCAGCAGCAACUGUAUACACAGUAGAUUCUUGUGCUGUCCUGUGAAGGUACCCACCAUGCGCGAGUACAAGCUGGUUGUGCUGGGUUCAGGGGGCGUGGGAAAAUCUGCACUGACAGUCCAAUUUGUCCAAGGUAUUUUUGUGGAGAAGUAUGACCCCACCAUCGAAGACUCCUACAGAAAGCAAGUUGAGGUUGACGGGCAGCAGUGCAUGCUGGAAAUCUUGGAUACGGCUGGAACAGAGCAAUUCACAGCCAUGAGGGACCUCUACAUGAAGAACGGACAAGGCUUUGCCCUGGUGUACUCCAUCACGGCACAGUCCACAUUUAAUGACCUGCAGGACCUCCGGGAGCAGAUCCUGCGAGUAAAGGACACCGAGGACAAUCUCCCCGGGGGGAGAGAGGACAGAGCUGGAGGGGGGGGGGGGGGGCAGAAGCUAAGCGACAGCGAGGAAAUGUCAGAGGUGUCGGUGGACCGCUAUCUGCCUCUUUCGAUCUCUGUUCCCAUGAUCCUGGUGGGGAACAAAUGCGACCUGGAGGACGAGCGCGUGGUGGGGAAGGAGCAGGGACAGAACCUGGCUCGUCAGUGGAACAACUGUGCCUUUUUAGAGACCUCAGCUAAAUCAAAGAUCAACGUUAAUGAGUUCGGCAAUCCAGUUUUAGGAGUAAGAACACGCAUGCACGGUUGCCAUUUUGGAGUCGUCAUGGCGAACAUCUGGAGCGGCAGCUCCUCCAGUGGCUCAGAACACCCUCUCAUUUCCCCCGUUGCAGAUUUUCUACGAUCUGGUGCGACAGAUCAACAGAAAAACGCCGAUGGAAAAGAGGAAGAUAAAAAAGAAAGGUUGCACACUGCUCUAAGACGCCCUCCCACGGUUGCUCCGGGCCAGAAACUCCUGAUUAGCUGUUUCCCUGUGGAUGGUGCCAGCAUUCCAAGUCCUCUCCGACCGACAGGCUACGCGUACCCCCCUCCCCCUUCCAUUAUUUUCCCAUCUCUUACUCUCUUCCCUACAACAAACAUGGCCGCGAAAUCCGACGGUGCCCCCGUCUCUCUACGAACCGAAAUCCCACCCGAGUGUCCUCCCCGGCCGGACCCGCGGCCCCCGCCGCGGCGCGGCUCCGAGCAGCGCUACACCCUCCGGGACUGCUGCUGGACGCUGGGCGCCCUCCUGGUCUUCUUCUCGGACGGGGCCUCAGACCUGUGGCUGGCCGCCGACUACUACCUAAGGCGGGAGUACUGGUGCUUCUCUCUGACCCUGGUCUUCGUGGUGGUCCCGUCCGUGGUCGUCCAGGUGCUGAGCUUCCGAUGGUUCGCCUACGACUUCGCGGACACGGUGGAGAGCGGCACGGCCGCGGCCGCCGUGGUGGCGGCGUCCGGGGCCGAGGAGAGCGACUUCAGCACCAAGGACAGCGGCGAGCGGGGCGCUGGCCGCGCCGGGGCCGGGGGACCAGGGCCGGGGCUGGGACCGGGGCUGGUGCCGGGGCCCGGGCCGGGCUCCGGGGGGGGGCGCCCGGGGCUGCUGCAGAGCCUUCAUGUGGGUCUUCCAGGCCCUCAUUCACAUCUUUCAGCUGGCACAGGUCUGGAGAAGCACGUUAAAACGUUGCAGCAGCACAGAAUUACCGGAUGCUUUGUGAAACCACGCGCGUCCUCCAGCGAGGCUCUGACCCCUCACUGCUGCACACACGCUCGGUUUUCCCAGUACGUCCACGCCUUGUAUCUGGGGGUGCAGAGCCGCUGGCACGGGGACCCAGAGCGCCGCCACUACUACCGGCGCAUGAUGUUUGAGAGCGCCGACAUCAGCAUGCUGCGGCUGCUGGAGUCCUUCCUGAAGAGCGCUCCUCAGCUGGUGCUGCAGCUCAGCAUCAUGAUCCACACCGGUCAGGUGCUGCCCCUUCAGGGGCUUUCGGCCUCUGCCUCGCUGAUGUCCCUGGCCUGGAUGGUCUCCUCCUAUCAGAAAGUGCUGCGAGACUCGCGGGACGAUAAGCUGCCCAUGACUUACAAAGCCGUCGUGGUUCAGAUCCUGUGGCACCUGUUCACCAUCGGGGCGCGCACCCUGGCCUUCGCCCUGUUCGCCUCCGUGUUCCAGCUCUACUUCGGCAUCUUCAUCGUGGCCCACUGGUGCAUCAUGACCUUCUGGAUAAUCCAGGGCGAAACGGACUUCUGCAUGUCCAAGUGGGAGGAGAUCAUCUACAACAUGAUGGUGGGCAUCGUGUACAUUUUCUGCUGGUUCAGCGUGCGGGAGGGGCGCACGCGCUUCAGAAUGCUCGUCUACAGCCUGACCGUGCUGGUGGAGAACGUGGCGCUCACCACCGCCUGGUACCUGUACCGCGGCGGCGGCGCCGAGCGCCACGGCGGCGGCUCCGAGUUCUACGCCGUGGUCAUGGUGUGCGUGGUGGCCAGCAGCUACGCCCUGGGCACCUUCUUCAUGUUCGUCUACUACUGCCUGCUGCACCCGGAGGGCUCGGUCUCAGGCUGGGGCUUCGUGGUGGAGAAGGAGGCGCCGGCGGAGGCGCUGGCCUCCCCGGCCGCCAGCCUCCCCCCCGACCUGGUGAGCAGCCCCCCCAGGACCCUGCAGAGAACUAAAGGCUCGGACAGGGAGCAGGGGCCCGGGGCGGACGCCGACGUGUUUCAGGUGAGGCCUCCCCGGGGAGCCAAGCCCCCGGUGGCCGACCUCAAACCCAGGACUGAGGGGCCCGUCAUCCGAAUAGACCUGCCCAGGAAGAGAUACCCGGCGUGGGACGCCCACUUCAUCGACCGGCGCCUGCGCAAAACCAUCCUGGUGCUGGAGAUCGCCGCCCCCGUCACGCCCCGGAUCCAGUACCGCUGCCUGACCUCGCCCAAAGAAGUGAUGGAGUACGAGACCACCGUGUGACGGGCCCCGGGCGCCGCCUUCGGUUCACCUUCUCACCGCGCGUCGUCCUGCCUGAAACAAACGAACGAAAAGAGAAAAAAAAAAGGCAGAAGGUCGGCUCUCCCUGAGCAAGAGUUCGAGCUCCAACUCACCUGCUCUGCGCGCAGAGACAGGCAGAGAGAGAGACAGACGGCUGUGUCUAUGUGUUCUGCUAAGGGGAGGGAAGGAAAGCUCCCGUGGUGUCGUGAAACGAUGGUGCAUAUUUUGGUUUCUUUAUCAAUUCUCAGGUCAUAGAUGUUGACACAGGAGGGAGCCGGCAGUUGAGCUGCAGAGCUGGCUGCCCCCCCCCCCCCACGUGAAGAAGAGCACAGGCAGGCCGAGAGGUGGAGCUGUUAUCAAUCAGAGGAGGAGAGGAGAGUCCUCCUCAGCGCAUCCUCUCCAGGAGGUUCACCACAGAGACAAGCCUCCAACCCUGCAUGAUUAUUUAUGGCAGCUAAAACGUCAUCCAUUGAGCUGGUGAGCGAGAUAAUGAGGCUUAUCUCACGCUGUAUUCGAAACACAAUCCACAUGAAACGUUUUUUUUUUUUCUUUUUUUUUUUUUUUCCCAAAGCUUUUUGGUGGUGUUGAAAAAGCCGCUUCGAACCCGCGGUUCUAAAGCGACGUUUGAGUUGAAUGUACAAACUUUUGCCGGAGUGAAUAUUUGUGACCAGGCUUCUUGAGCGUUUUCACGUCGUCGUCUGCUGGAUUUGCAACAAUGCUGUGGUAGUUGUUUUUUUUUUAAGAUAAGAGGAUGAUGAACAAAAAUCUGUGAGCGUUUAAAAGCUUUUUGGGGGGGAUUUUUUUUUUUUGUUUGUUUGUUUGUUUUGUUUUUUUCCCCAUCUCUUCAUUUCAACAAGAUGCACAGUCCUCCUGAAUGUGUGUGCCCCGAACAACAGCCGCAUGGGGACUCCCGUCACUAAUGCAGGAUGCUUUCUACCGGCAGAACUCCACAUUUUCUUAUUUAGUCAAAGUAACGGGUGCAGACUUUCAAAUGUAUAUUACUGUACAAUGACGAGGAGGUUGGAGAGGGACGGCACUGUCUGUAACCCUACUGCAUCCCUUGUCUGAAAAAUGUAGACAAAAAUAGCCACAGACUCCAGAGUCCUCUCAGAUUAGCUUUGAUAUUGUCGAUAGUACAGGUGUGAGGUCUUUUUGGUAUAACGCUCAUUUGCAGGUCUGUUGUCAAAUUCUUUUUCUUUUUUUUCAAUGAGAAUUUGUGAUUUGAUGCAAAUUCUAUGAAAAAUGGCCAAAAAAAAAAGGUUCAAGGAUGUACACUUUGGGUUAAGUUUGGCAACAGUUUGAAUUGAUUUUGUUAUUGAAAAACCAAAUUUACCUUUUGGCGGAAAACAAUUAUUGGCGUGUUCAGCCGGACUGGUUUACACUAGCACAAGGAUUCAUCGUCAUGCUGCUGUACUUUAGCAAGGCGGCAUCGUUUUAAACCCAUUUCUUUCAUUAGCCGUACACUUGGUGACAAAUAAAAGUUGAUGUUGUUUUUUCCCCAAAAAAUGACAUCAUUGGGAUUUUAUGGAUCCCUAAAGAUAAAUCUUUACAACACUUACUGUAAACAAGGUUGUUUUACUAUAGAAUAGUUGAAAGAUGGUAAUAUCCCAACCUUGUGUGUUUGUAUCAGUUUGUAUGUGAGCCCACAUACUUGCUUGUAUUGACGAGGGUGUACAGUGCUUUAGAGUUCAAGUUUGUGUCACUGAGAUACAACAAUUUUGUGUUCUCUCCCCAGAUGACACCGAAACAAAUACAUAACCCACAGAGCAUCUUCGCCACCCUUGCUGUAGUUUAAAGGAAUAAAAGCCAGAGAGGUUUUAGUUAUGGUGCUAACUGCUUGAGUCCAUCACGAGACAACCCCUCCAGUUGUACCAUAAGAUGAGCUUGUUGUGGCAGGAAUCGGGUGGGGCUGUACCUCAAACACAGAGCUAGAAUCAAAAGCCUUAAGCCGGUCAUGACAGACUGUUGCUGUUCAGAGCAGAGCAAGAAAAACAACAAGGUGAAGACAAUUUGUCAUUGUUGCCACAAUAAAAAGCGAUGUGUUUACCGAACCUUUGUUGCUACUGGCUGAAUCUAUUGAUGGAUACACAACACAAAGCACAACCUGUCAUCUUUGGAAAAGUUAUUAUUAUGGUAAUCAUUAUACUGCGUUUGCGAUGUAAUCCAGGCUCAUAAACGUUUUAGCCACUGAUCCUCGACAAAACAGAAGGGACCUGUGACCAGCAGUUGAUGACUUCACACAAUACUAAUCUAAUUAAAACAAGCCACACUGAAGAUAAAGGCUCAAACAACCAUAACUCUGCUUAUAGCAGUUUGUUACUUACUGUGAGGUUAUGGCCAAAAUAAAUGACAGGCCAUCAUUUCAAAUUUCAGUUUUAUGUCAAUUGUUUUUCCACAUUAGGGUGCUAACCCCCACUUUGGGAAGAUCUGGUAUAAACACAUUCAUCACUUUGAUUGAAAAUGAAUUGAACUUCAAAUCAUCAACCGAUACACUACAAUUGAACUUCUCUUAUGUUUAAAAAAAAACAUAGAAUUUCUAAGAACCAAUUAGGUCUGGGUCUCGUUAUUCUCUUAGUGGCGUUCAUAGGAAAUGAUCUUUCAGUUUUUAAUUGAUCAAUUUCUUGAGCCAAGCUCGUUCCCAGUAUAACUCACGUCCA